AUGGCCUCUAAGACGCUCGUGGUGGCCGGCGCGGGCGUCGUGGGACUCGCUGUAGCCCGAGCUGCUGCAUGUCGGGGCUUGGAGGUGCUGCUCCUCGAGAAGAACGCGCUCGUGGGGCAGGAGACUAGCGCGCGCAACAGCGAGGUUGUGCACGCGGGCAUUUACUACCCCAAGGACAGUUGGAAGGCCAAGCUCUGCGUUAAAGGACGAGAGCAGCUCUACGAUUUCUGCGAAGAGUUUGGCGUGUCUUUCUCUAAAUGUGGUAAAUUAAUUGUGGCACAUUCGCAUCAGUCCCAACAGCUACAGUCGAUCCUCAAGCGGGGGCUGGAAAAUGGUGUGAACGACCUGAGAUCGUUGACUCAGAGCGAGGCGCGCUCUAUCGAGCCUCUGGUAGACUGCGAUGAGGCAGUGCUCUCGCCCUCCACGGGCAUUGUGGACUCGCAUGGCCUCAUGAUGGCGUUGCAGGGCGAUGCAGAGUCCCAUGGCGCCAUGGUGGCACGGGCUACUGCAGUUCAAGGAGGAAGAUAUGAUAUCAAGUCAAAGACGUUCGUGAUCCAAGCAAUGCAGGACAGUGAACAACAGGAGGUAGAGUGCGACUACUUUGUCAAUGCCACGGGCAUGUUUGCACCGAAUUUGCUGGACAAGAUAGUAGCUCCAGGUGUAGAACGCCUUCAAGCGCUACGUCUGCCUACUAUCCCGGAUCGGUUUGCAAAGGGCACAUACUUCAAGCUCAGCCCAAGGAACCGGCCUUUCACUCACCUGGUGUAUCCGAUUCCUGAGGUUGGUGGUCUCGGUGUGCAUGCCACAGUUGAUCUGGCAGGGAAUGUUCGCUUUGGUCCCGACGUCCAAUGGAUCGACGAGGUCGAAUAUCAACCCGAUCAAUCGAAAGCGGAAGAAUUUGCAGAGAGAAUUCGCGCUUACUGGCCUGCAGCCCGUGCUGAAAUGCUAGAAGCUGACUAUUGUGGCAUUCGGCCCAAGAUUGCCAUUAACGGCGAAAUCUUCGAGGAUUUCUACAUCGCGGAUAAACAUUCGCAUGGCAUGCCAGGCCUCGUACACUUGUGUGGUAUCGAAUCGCCCGGUCUUACUGCCUCUCUCGCCAUCGCUGACACUGUUGUCGACAUGCUACAGGGCAAAAAUUGA